ACGAAAGUCAUUCUAGCGUUGACAUAGAUUUGAUCGGCAUACAAGUUUUGAUUUUCAUCUAAUCAGACGGUAGAAUUUGAGAAACCACUCAUAUCCUGCUUUGUUACAACUUUUCCGGCGACCUUUUCUUGUAUUUCAGAUCAUGAGUGGAAGUGAAUGGGGACGCUUGGAUUUGCUCAAAACUGGUGUAAGCAUAAAGGAAACACAAACGUUAUACCAAAAAUGGGCUUGCAGUUAUAAUAAGGACUGUGAACUAUUAGGUUAUAGUGGACCGGCAAGAGUUGCACAAAGGGUUGCCGAUUUAUUUCCGGUGGAUGUACGAGACAAUGUUAAUAUUCUUGAUGUUGGGGCAGGCACGGGCCUAGUUGCUGUUGAGUUGAAGAAAUUGGGAUUCAAGAAUUUAGAUGCCCUUGAACCAAGUGAACCAAUGUUGUUAGAAGCAAAGAAAGAUAAUCUUUACAAUAACUAUUAUCAGGAAUUUCUGACAGAAUCACCGACAACAUUGUCUGGUGAUACAUAUGACGUCAUAACCGGAAGUGGUAUUUAUGGAGAGGGCGCUCACGUUCCAUGCAAGGCUUUGUACGAGAUGAUAAGGCUGGUUAAACCAGGUGGAUAUAUUAUUCUAGCAGCACGUCAUGAAGUUGUUAAAAUUUAAACGAGAUCUAAA